AUGAAAAUCCUGAUCGGUACGUUUCUGCUUCAGCUCAUCUUUGCCAUUGUGAUGUGUCCGCAAAAAAGCAGGGCCAAUUCUGAAUCUUCUUUUGGAAUUCAUAACGCGGACGAUUCUGCCUCUGAGGAUGAAAAGUUUUGGAAUCUUGAUCUGAAUUCUGACGGCAUCAUUGAUGCCAUGGAAAUGCUGACUAUCAUCUCUUGGAACCAACCACUUGAGUCCGAUGCCAAAAAGAUAAGUAAGAUGGAGGACAUUCUUAGACGAGCCGACCGUAACAAAGAUAAUGCCAUCUCUUUCCUUGAAUUCGAGGAAGCCCCUUCACAAGUGCGAGAAGAGAUUCUCGCUUUCGGUCGAACUCUACAUUGA